UCAUGCUAUUGAUUCCUGUGAUCCGGAGUCUACCUGCUCUGGAGAAUGGAGAGCACGAAGAGGCCUUACACUUUGGUUUUCAUACCGAGAAUGGUCAUCAGCGUACUGAAGAUAUAACUUUCACUGUACGUCCCGAAACGGACGAAACGAAAGCCCUGGAGAAGGAAACACCCAAGCCGGUUGAAUAUCGUGGCGGCUAUAGCUUCAUUUCGGCCGAUGGCUAUCAAUAUCGUGUUCUAUACAAGGCCAAUAAGAAUGGCUUUCAGCCAUAUGUUACAGCCCAUAAAAUUGGUGGCAAAUCAGAGAAUACAAAUAAAACUCUAACAUAA